CUACAUCGCCCAGUAUUAAAAACUAAGUCCGCCUGUUCUUGAACUUGAAAAUUCAAUCUGCAUUGCUAAGCUCGACACGCAGAGAUGUGGGCGAUCAUCGUUUUAGGGUUUGUUCUAGGGUUUUGCAAAGUUCCUGGCGUGAACAGCCAUGGCAGGAUGGUCGAACCACCGGCGAGAAAUACAAUGUGGAGGAUGGAUUUCUACACACCUGAAAAUUAUGAUGAUACAGAGCUGUUUUGCGGGGGAUUGAAGGUUACUCACGAAGACAAUGGCGGGAAAUGCGGUUUAUGUGGCGACAGAUACGACUUACCAGUACCCAGACCACACGAAUCCGGAGGCAAUUACACUUCGGGAGUUAUCGGCCGGACCUAUCAGCCAGGACGAAUUCUAGAUGUGGUCCUAGAAAUAGUGGCCAACCAUAAAGGAUACUUCGAAUUUUCUCUCUGCGAAAGAAAUGACCCCAACUUGCGUGAAACGGAAGAAUGCUUCGAUAAAAGACUUCUGGAGCUUGCCGAUGGUACGGGUACCAAGUUCCACAUCCCUAGAGAUGAUAAUGGAUUCUACAUCGUUCCUAUUAAAAUACCGCAAGAUGUCCGCUGCUCCCAUUGUAUUCUGAGGUGGCACUGGAGAUCUGCUAAUAAUUGGGGCGAGUGUGAAAACCAUACCAAAGCCGUCGGUUGUGGACCACAAGAAAUCUACCGCAACUGUGCCGACAUUUCAGUACUUCCCGGAGCUGGUGUCAGAGGGUCAGCUGGUUUCAACCCAAGGCCACGUGUUCCCAAAUCCAUGAAAAAGUACAACAAACAACAUCAUAAGAAUUCUCAUUCUACUUAUCCACACAGAAGAAGGCUGUGAAUUUGAUGGGGUUUUUUUUUGUUUGUUUAUUUGUGAGUUUUGUUGAUGCAUGUUUUUAUUUAUUACAAGGAAGUUAUGAGUUGAAAAAUAUUUGCAACUUUCUACGAUGGAUAGCUGUUUAUCGAAAGUCAUGCAUUUCUCAUUUCACUGUUUUCAU